GGUUGACUGAUCCCCACGUUCGGACCCGAAGGUCUUGUUGUGCAAUUUUUGAGCGAAAAUCUAAAACCUACAGUUUUGUUACUAAACAGUGAAGUUUUGCAAAUGUAGUGACAGUUGUGAGCGUUUUUUUUUGGAUUUUUAUGUGUUGUUUGGAACCGUUACAUAAUUUUACUAAAGAUGCAGGUGUGCAAGCUGCAGGAGCUGGCGGUGCAGCUGUUCGACGCGGGCGCGGUGCGACUCGGCGACAUCGAGGCCAAGCUCGGCCGCCGCACUCCCAUCUACUUCGACCUGCGGGUCGUGGUCUCACACCCUAGCAUUAUGAUGGCAAUCGCUCAACAGCUACAAAUCUUGGCCACGGAAAUAGAGCACGACAUCCUGUGCGGCGUCCCCUACGCCGCGCUUCCCUUCGCGGCGGUCAUGUCCGUCCACGCCAACACGCCCAUGAUCAUGAAGAGGAAGGAAACCAAGAUGUACGCCACCAAGAAGAUCCUCGAAGGAGUCUUCGACAAGAACCAGAACUGCCUCGUCGUCGAAGACGUGGUGACAUCUGGCGGCAGCCUGCUAGAGACUGUCACCACUCUACGAGAUGAAGGCUUGAAAGUCACGCACGCCGUAAUAGUUCUCGAUAGGGAACAGGGUGGCGCUAAUGUACUAUCAGCAAAUGGCGUCCAGGUGAAAUCUCUUUUUACGAUGACCGAAUUGGUGAAAAUUCUCCGAGAUGCCGGCCGGAUUAGCGAGGAAACUGUCGAAAUAGUUUCCGAUCACAUUAGAGAGUGCCAGUUUGGUAUGAAGGACAACUUGGAACAGACGGCGCCGUUAUAA